UGCGUCGCCAAGAGAGGAAAGCGGUCGCUGAGGCUGCGCUAGCUGCCGGGAACGGUCUUCGGAAUACCGGGCUCAAGUUGUUUCGGAAUGAGGCUGCUUGCACUGCUCGUCGUGGUGGCAGCGUUAUGGUCCUCCGGUCAUGGCCUUCGAAUCGACAAGAAGACGGGUGCCUAUGAGGACAUUGUGGUCGCCAUUGACAAGUCUGUGGAGCCCAACGAGCGAAUCAUCGACAACAUCAAGGCCCUGUUCCGCUCUGCGUCGGCGUUUCUCCACCGGGCGACACGAGGCCUCGUCCACUUUGGCAGCGUGACCAUCGCCAUACCUGACACGUGGCCCGUUCGAGCACAAGCACGGAAAACCACGGCCAACAUGUUCCCGGUGGCCGACGUGAGGGUUGCCACACCGAACCCGCAGUACGGUGACACUCCGUACACGCUGCAGCCUCGGGGGUGCGGUGAGCGGGGCGAGUACGUCCACCUGACGCCACGCUUUCUUAGCGACAUGAACAGCUCCAUGACCGAGGUCUACGGCAGUCCAGCCUACAUGAUGGUGCACGAAUGGGCCCACUUCCGGUACGGAGUGUUCGACGAGUACGGCGACCCGGAGAGCUACCGGUACCCGAGCCUCUACUGCGAGUUUGGCAUGGUACGCGCCAGCACCUGCUCGCAACAUCACAAGUUCAAGGUGUACACGGAUUCCGGAGAGCCGUGCCGCAUCUACAAGGGAUGCCGCGUCUCGUCCCUGUGCAAGUCCCGGUUCUUGAGGAACGACAAGGACCCGGUCACAUCGUCCAUCAUGUUUAUGCCGUACAUCAACGGGGUUACAGAAUUUUGUGACAAGGACGGUGACAAGAAGCACAACGCUCACGCCCCCAACAAGCACAACCACCUUUGUGAGCGCAAAUCUGUUUGGGAAGUGAUCAGCGCCAACGAUGAUUUCAAUGGUAUCGCUCCUGCCGACCUCUCAAGGAACGUCGAUGUCAAUUUCACCGAAGUCCAAAAACGAGAAGGAAUUCUCGGCAGGCUGAUAUUUGCCCUUGACAUUUCGGGCAGCAUGGCGGACUACAACCGCAUCGGGCACCUGAGAGAAGCGGCGAGCCACUUCAUCCGGGAUGUGGUACCGGUCGGCCUGGAAACGGGACUGGUCGUCUUCCACUCCUCAGCGUACGAGCAAUCAUCGCUGACGCCUCUAAAUGACUCGUCAGCGCGCCAGGAGCUGGUUGCGAAGGUGGAGAAACUACAAGCUGACGGAGGCACGUGCAUCGGCUGCGCCUUGAGACUUGCUCUACAGAUGUUCCAGGCGAAUGAGCAGUCUGCUGCCGGUUCUGUCAUCAUCCUCAUGACCGAUGGCGAAGAGAACAACAGUCCAUACAUCAGAGACGUUUUGAACGACUUGAUCGACGCUCAGGUGGUGGUCAACACCAUUGCCUUCGGCAUGAACGCCGCGGAGAGGCUGGAAGAGCUGGCGCGACAAACCGGAGGCAAGGCCUUCGCCCUCCGCGACGGCGAGUCUAGCGCAACCAUCGCUCUCGAGUCGGCCUUCCUGGACGCAACCACAGCCAUGAUGGACGAUGACAAGAAACCGGUUGUGAUCUUCGAGCAAGCGGCCAAGAUUUCGGACAGGCGAGAGUUCCCGAUCCUGGUAGACGCCGAUCUGGGAAACUCGACCAUCGUUGCAGUGCAGUCCAAAAAGGCAUCCCUUCUUGAGGCGGAGCUGCGCUACCCCGACGGCAAGAUCUGCCACGACUGCAUAGAGUCCGAUCCAGCAGCCAAGAGCGGAAGUUACAUCAACUUCAGAAUACCUGGCAUCGCUACGCCGGGAACCUGGACUCUAGUGGUGUCCCAAAAGACUCCAGGUGGUGAAGCUGCCGACGUGCACGUGCGCGCCACGUCUCUGGCUGGCGAUCGCUGCACGGAGCCCGUGCAGGUGCGCGCUUUCCUCAAGCAAGCGGAGGUGAACAGCGCCAAGGAGGCUGUCAUCUACGCGGAGGUCACCAAGGGCGCCCAAGUGGUCCUCCAUGCCAAGGUCACCGCUACCGUCAUCAGGCCCAGGAUGCCUUACGAAGUCGACGUAGAGCUGUUUGACGACGGACUCGGCGCUGACGUGACGGCCAACGACGGCAUCUACAGCGCCUACUUCACGCAGUUCGACGGCGUCGGCCGUUACUCCGUCUCGGCUCGCGUCGUCAGCGGCAACGACUCCGUCGUCGUGCGAGGACGGAAGGCGUCCGGAGGUCUUCCCGCACCGCAACUGAUAGAAGACCCGGCUACCACGGCAGUCAUAAAUGAAGCUGAAGGAAUUCCAUUCGACCAGUUCGUCUACAUAGACCAGGACAUCGAAGAGGCCGAGCCGCAAAUCGUGUCCAGUGAAAAAGCACCCGAGUUUGUGCGUCAUGCCGAAGGGGGAUCGUUCCGGGUCGCCAGCAACAUCGACACGUCGACGAUACCGCCGGGUUCCAUUCAGGACCUGAGCGUGGACGACUCUUUCGUCGGUGAAGACGAUGCGCACGAGGUCAUCUUGUCCUGGACCUGCCCGGGAGCUCACCUGAACUUUGGAAACGCUUCUCGAGUUGAACUCCGGGUGAGCACGCUCUUGAACAACCUGCUCGAGGACUUCGACAAGGCCCACGAGAUCCGCGACAACUCCACGGAACAAGGCCACAUAACUUCGGCUGCCGUCGGCUCCAGGCAACGACUGCGGACCUCUGUGCCCAGCGAGCUGGUGGCAGUCGCGAAUAACCGAUCGCUCGUGGAUUUCUACUUCGCCGCGCGAGUGUGGAACGACAAGGGACUCUCUUCGUCGGUGUCCAACAUUGCGAGGGUCACGUUCGAAAGGCCGCCGCCCCACGUGGAGCCGAAGAAGGGCCUGCCGACGUGGGCGCUUAUCGGGCUCAUUGUCGCUGGGGCUGUGGUCGUUGUGGUUAUCGUUGCCCUUGUAGCGUACUCGGUCGGUAAACGGCGCAGGAGCGUCGUCUGAAAACAGGUACCACAGGUUUUGUGUGUGCGUUGUUUUUUAAAGGCGCCAUAAGACAAGAAGUAGCCGCGUGAUGAUGUGUCGCAUAGGCGCGAGGUCUUACAAUGUAGGGGGAACUACAAGGUUCUGGUUUCAUGACCCGACAGGACGAUGGCGUUACAUCGUUAAUCCAUUGCGUUUAAACAUCAAUCAAUUGAUAAAUCAAUCAAUCAAUCAAACAUCAAUCAAGCAAGUGUGCAAGAAAUUUUCGCUUUAAUACCAGGUGCAUGUACACAGCACAUGAAAAGCGUCGAGACAGCUUCAUUCGGAUAUGGGAUCUUCACCUUUACGAAGUUCCCUGUUGUAAUCGGCCAGAUUGAUCGGUCCACGAAUCAAUAUUUAUUUUAAAGCUUGUGAACAAUCUGGUCCCCUUGAAGCUGACGGACGCAUACAUAUACACGUGGUAAUUAGAUAACUCGUCCACGUUACCGAGUUAUCACAGAUGCGCCAAACGCUCUGCACGAGACAUAGGCAUGCAUGGACAUAUACACACUGUCACAGCUAGGUACUUAGUCCCGUUAUGUACCACACAAUACUGCAGUAGGUACCCGGAUUUCGUGUCGUUUCUAAUGAUCUCGACUGCAGUUGUAACGGCGAGGUCGGCGUUAUAGCUGUUAUACAUUUGUACAUAAUCAGUAUUAUACACAGAUUUUGGACCACGUGGUCACAAACGGAGGGUUUUGUUCGCUUCGCAUCACAGUCGAUGUUAAUGAGUUAUGGUUUGUUAAUGAUAAGAAGAGUUGGUCUUGUUAUUGUAAUAAAGAUCCCACACAAGGUUUGUGAGACGAAUAAACUGUUUUUAUACUAUCA